UUUGCAGCCCUAUUGUUUUUAAUAGUUGUAGGAAUAUCAAAUAUGGAUCUCGGAUUUGGUUUACCGCCCGGCAUACAUCAGCAUGGUGUGGGCGCCAUACAUGCGAGUGGCAUUAGUCAAGAAAUGUUGCAGGAAAAAGCAAGAAAAUGGCAACAGCUACAAAGCAAACGUUAUGCUGAGAAACGAAAGUUUGGUUUCGUUGAUCCUCAAAAGGAGGACAUGCCGCCCGAGCAUGUCCGGAAGAUUAUCAAGAACCACGGUGAUAUGACGAACCGGAAGUUUCGGCACGAUAAGCGGGUUUAUUUAGGUGCAUUGAAGUAUAUGCCACAUGCCGUGUUAAAACUUAUGGAGAAUAUGCCGAUGCCUUGGGAACAGAUUCGUGAUGUACAGGUGAUAUAUCAUAUCACGGGAGCUAUCACGUUCGUGAAUGAGAUACCUUGGGUCAUCGAACCAGCGUAUAUUGCACAGUGGGGAACAAUGUGGAUUAUGAUGAGACGAGAGAAACGAGAUCGUCGACAUUUUAAAAGGAUGAGGUUUCCACCGUUUGAUGAUGAGGAACCGCCUCUUGAUUACGCCGACAAUAUACUUGACGUUGAACCACUGGAACCUAUUCAGAUGGAGCUUGACCCUGACGAGGAUGCGGCCGUGAUUGAUUGGUUUUAUGACAACAAGCCUUUGCAAGAUGAUUCAAAAUUUGUGAAUGGACCAACAUAUCGUAAAUGGCAUCUUACUCUACCCCAACUAUCAGCGUUGUACAGAAUGGCCAAUCAACUUAUAACUGACCUGGUUGACGACAAUUACUUUUAUCUGUUUGAUUUAAAAGCUUUCUUCACAUCGAAAGCUCUCAACCAAGCGAUUCCUGGAGGCCCUAAGUUCGAACCUUUGAUUCGCGACAACACGUUAAUGGACGAGGAUUGGAACGAAUUCAACGACAUUAACAAAAUUAUAAUUCGGCAACAGAUCAGAACGGAAUAUAAAAUAGCUUUCCCAUAUCUUUACAACAACCUUCCAAAGUUUGUUCAUUUGGCUUGGUACCACACACCAAAUGUUGUGUUUAUUAAAACUGAAGACCCGGACCUCCCUGCGUAUUACUUUGAUCCAAUCAUUAACCCGAUAUCACACAGGCAUGGUGUUAAGUCAGUAGAGUCUGGUCUUGAAGAAGAUGUUGAAUCGCUUGAACUUCCUGAAUACGUUCAACCACUCCUGCAAGAAACUCCACUUUAUUCGGAUAAUACAGCAAAUGGAAUCGCACUGUUGUGGGCGCCACGCCCCUUUAAUUUACGAUCAUCGCGUACAAGACGUGCAGUUGACGUUCCUCUCGUUAAAACUUGGUACCGAGAACAUUGCCCCGCAGGGCAACCCGUGAAAGUUCGGGUAUCUUACCAGAAGUUGCUCAAAUGUUACGUGUUGAAUGCUUUGAAACAGCGACCACCGAAGCCACAAAAGAAAAGAUAUUUGUUCCGAUCCUUCAAAGCAACAAAGUUUUUCCAAUCAACAAAACUUGAUUGGGUAGAAGUUGGUCUGCAGGUCACGCGACAGGGUUACAACAUGCUUAACUUGUUAAUUCACCGAAAGAAUCUUAACUAUCUCCAUCUUGAUUAUAAUUUUAAUUUAAAACCUGUCAAAACAUUGACAACUAAAGAACGAAAAAAGUCAAGAUUCGGAAACGCUUUUCAUUUGUGUCGAGAAGUUUUACGAUUGUCCAAACUUGUUGUUGACAGUCAUGUGCAGUACAGGCUCGGUAAUGUCGACGCUUUCCAGCUUGCGGAUGGUUUACAAUAUGUGUUCGCGCAUGUCGGCCAACUCACAGGAAUGUACCGAUAUAAAUAUAAACUCAUGCGGCAGAUCAGGAUGUGUAAGGAUUUGAAGCAUGUUAUCUACUAUAGGUUCAACACGGGUCCGGUGGGUAAAGGACCAGGGUGCGGGAUAUGGGCCCCGGGGUGGAGGGUGUGGAUAUUCUUUAUGAGGGGAAUCACGCCCUUGUUGGAACGAUGGUUGGGAAACUUACUCGCUCGUCAGUUUGAAGGACGGCAUUCAAAGGUUGGGUGUUAUAUAAUAUAGUGUUGGGUGAUGCGUUGUUUAUUACUGUUAACCACA